GCCGGGUCGUCGCGUGACGCUGCCGUCCUAGGGGCAACAAUUGGCUGCAACACAGUGAUUACGGCACGGCUCCACGUUGCCUAACACCCGUCGCCAAGCCCUAUAGCGCAGGACGAGCAGUUUCAAAAAGAGAGCUGCUCUCCUUGCUGCAAGAGAGGCCAGGGGUGACGCGCCGGCGCCACGAUGCUCCUCCGCCGCGCCCUGCAGCGCCGGCCCAUCACGACCUCACUCAAAAGGGCCCAGCCCGGCAAGCCCGGCACGCUCAUACUUUUACGACAUGGCGAGAGCACCUGGAACGCGGGCAAGCUUUUUACUGGUUGGGUAGAUGUGGACCUGUCGGCGCGCGGCCGGCGGGAGAUGGAGCACGCCGCGCAACUCAUGUUGGAGCGGGGCUACAAGGUGGAUGCGGUCUAUACUUCUGUCCUUAAAAGAGCUGUGACGUCGACGAUGGUCCUACUGGCUGAAUUGAGACAAACGUAUAGACCGGUAGUAAAGGACUGGCGACUCAAUGAAAGGCACUACGGCGCCCUGCAAGGCCUGUCGAAGGCUCGCUUGGCCAAAGAGCUCGGGGGCGAUAAAGCCACGAGGAUACGCGCGUCCUUCGACGACCGCCCUCCAGAAAUGCCCGCGGACCACACUCUGUCGCCGUUGCGAGAACGGAAGUAUGAUGGUGUGGAGCGUGCGAGAAUACCGCUCGCUGAAAGUUUGCGAGAUUGUCUCGAGAGGGUAAGACCGCUCUGGCACGAAAAUAUCCGCAAGGACUUGCUGGCGGGCCACGACGUGCUCGUGGUGGCGCACGGUAAUAGUCUGAGAGGCCUCGUGAAGGAGAUCGACGGCAUCGACGAUAGCGCGAUCGAGAAGGUCGCGGUGCCGAACGGGAUCCCCCUCGUCUACCGCUUCGAGCAGGUCAACAACGAGCUGAAGGUCGUGAAAGGAGAGUCUGACGUAAUUUCCGGCGAGUUCCUCGAAGAACGAGGGUUGCUGCGGACCGCUCUAGCUAGAGAGGAGAAACGGAGAACGGGUGAUGACGAGGACGCGCCUGUGUCCGGCGAGGCCGAGCUCACACCUCUUGAGAGAUCGUUAGCUACCCUCGAAAGUCGGAGGCGGGUCUUCGCGGACCUAGCCGGUUCGGAAGAGACGCCGGAACCGUCCCCAGGCAAGGCCGACGCGGUGUUAGCUACGCGACGGAAACGACGACACAGAAGGCAUCUCAGGAAGGCCCUCCCGGGCGAGCCCGACCCGCCUCCAUUGCUAGUCAUCAUCAGGCACGGCAAGACAACCCAUAAUAAGUUAGGGCUCUUUACGGGAUGGGAGGACGCGCCCUUAGCUCCCGAGGGUAGGCGAGAAGCUUCCGAAGCGGGCGCGUUGAUGGCGGCGCACGGCAUCAAGCUAGAUGUCGUAUAUACCUCAUGGUUGAGUAGGGCCAUAGAAACGGCGUGGCUCGCGCUCGCACCGCUCGACAUGGUCUGGCUCCCGAUCGUGAAGACCUGGCGCUUGAACGAGCGCAUGUACGGCGCUUUGACCGGUCUCAGUAAGAAGAUGAUCCAGCAGGAGUACGGCGACGCGCAGUUCCGGAAGUGGCGGCGCGGCUACGCCGAACGGCCGCCUGCGGUGAGUCCGUUCUCACCGCACUACCCCGGGAACGACGAGCGGUACACAACGUAUGCCCACGACCUGCCCGUGUCUUUCCUACAGUCGGCGAUUCGCAGCAUAGCCCACGGUCGCAUCGAGGAGCACCCGGCCUUGCCAAGGGCCGAGUCGUUAAAGGACUGCAUGGAGCGCGUCACACCGUACUAUAUAGAUACGAUCCAGAAGGCGCUUGAUGAACGUAAGAAUGUAUUGGUGGCGUCGUCCGAAAACGCGAUUCGCGGGUUACUCAUGCACCUGUGCGAAAUUCCCGAAGAUCGCGUGCCGGAGAUUGAGAUUCCUACCGGUAUUCCCAUGCUCUUCGACUUCGAGCGGCGGUGCGUUCGUUUAUUGGACGACGGUCAAAGUCCGGCGCCGCGGGAGCGGUAUAAUUUUGGCACGGGCGGCGAUUUAUUGUUCACGCCGAGCGAUAGUGAUGCGACCUUCGACCCGCACGUGCGGCUCGACGACGAGUUCAUAGUGGAUGAGGUGGACGCGGAAUGCGACAAGGAAAUCGCGGCGGACCUCGAGGCGGUCCAGCGCGUCGAGCAGUUUUACGGGGUCCGCGGGCACCUCGCGGCGCGGCCGUCGUCGCCGACGGACUGCUAGCAUAUGCAAGUUUAAGUACUUAGUUUACUAGACAGUUUACACAUUUGAUCGACGUCGCGUCGAUGGCGUCGAGGCGGACGCGUCGAAGCCCCCACGCCAUCGAGCGGACGCG